CUGCAGUCUUGUGUUUCCUGUUUACGGGCGGGAAGAGUGAACCUGCACCUCAAUCGGUCCUACAUUAUAGCUCGUUUUUAUCGAGUUAUUUUCACUGCACUUCUCGGGAUUCUUUUGGCGUUUUUUGAUCCCUUUAUUACUUCCCAUUAAACGCGUGCUUCCGUCCUCCGUGUGUCUCUGACUGAAGUUUAAAGGUCCGAUGGAGGAGCCUGCAGACUCCGGCGGCGGUGCGGCAGCAGAGGGCCCCGUGUUGCAGGUGACGGAGAUCCUUUGCCCUGCAGGAGUGCGUCCACUGCGGCUGCUCGAGUGGAAAGUCAAACCCGGAGCUCUGGUGAACGUUGACUCCGUGAUCGCCGUGUGCGCACCGAUUCCUACAGAAAGUGAGCAGAGAGCGCCCGAAAGGAAGUUGAAAUCGGACCGCGCUGGAGUUGUGAGGGAACUGUGCUGUCAACUCGGGCAGGUCAUCGUGCCAGGAGGUGUCAUAGCAAAAGUUGAAGAAUGCAGCCAUCCCAUAGUGAUGAAGGGCCUCUGUGCAGAAUGUGGCCAGGACUUAACUCAGCUACAGAGCAAGAAUGGAAAGCAACAGGCCCCCAUCUCUACAGCAACCGUUUCCAUGGUGCAUAGUGUUCCAGAACUGAUGGUCAGCUCAGAGCAAGCGGAGCAGCUUGGCCGAGAGGACCAGCAAAGACUUCACAGGAACAGAAAGUUGGUGCUGAUGGUGGAUCUUGACCAAACGCUGAUCCACACCACUGAACAGCCAAGUCACCGCAUGUCCAACAAGGGAAUCUUUCAUUUCCAACUGGGACGAGGGGAACCGAUGCUUCACACACGACUCAGGCCUCAUUGCAAAGAGUUUCUAGGGAAGAUUGCCAAACUCUAUGAGCUGCAUGUCUUCACCUUUGGCAGCCGUUUAUAUGCUCAUACCAUUGCAGGCUUCUUGGACCCUGAGAAGAAGCUCUUCUCUCAUAGAAUCCUGUCUAGAGAUGAAUGCAUAGACCCCUUCUCUAAGACGGGCAAUCUCAGAAAUUUGUUCCCGUGCGGAGACUCAAUGGUGUGCAUUAUAGACGAUAGAGAAGACGUGUGGAAGUUUGCCCCCAACCUCAUCACAGUUAAGAAAUACAUCUACUUCCAGGGCACAGGCGACAUCAACGCCCCGCCGGGCUCACGAGAGGCCCAGAUGGCCAGAAAACCUGCAGGUAGCCAGUCUGGACAGUCUGCAGAGAACUUGGAAACUUCUACUACAUCAGGACAGGAGGAACAGAGAAAUGGACUCAGGAAAUGCAGUAAGGAUCGGAAAACCGGGCAUGAGGAGGAGUCGUCGUCAUCCUCUGCCACUUCCACUCAGGGAGCUUCAACCAAUGAAAGGACUCACCCCACAGGGGAAUGGCCCAGUGAGAGCUCAGAUAUUAGUGACAAUGUUAAAGCGGAGGGGGAGGCCAUCUCAGGUGAGACUGACGUACCAAAGGCUGCACACGACGGCACCGCCAAUGACCUGGAAUUUGACCUCUCAAGCGACAGCGACAGUGAAGAUGGUAAAACAGGAUUAUCGGACAGCGAUGGUGAAGGACGACAGGUAGAGGCUGGGAAAAGCAAACAAACAAAUACGGAUUCUAAGAGCAAAGAGGAUGAUGGUGAAGGGGGUAAAGAGAGGACAGAGGGGGGAGACGUUCCAGACACAGAUCCGGAGGGUCUUUGCGAAUUGGGCAAUGGCUGUUCUGAUAAGAAAGAAGUGGAAACCGAGUCGCAAAACAGUGAGCAGUCAGGCGUCACAAUGGGGGAGGAGUCUUUAGAUCAAAGCAUGGAGGAUGAGGAUGAUGAUGACGAAGAGGAAGACACGGACCAGGACGACCACCUCAUUUAUCUCGAGGAGGUAUUGGUUCGAGUCCACAGGGAGUAUUACGCGCGCUAUGAGGCAUUUCUUAGGAAAGAGAUUUCGGAAACUCCAGAUAUCCGGAAAAUUGCCCCUGAGCUAAAAGCCCGCACACUGGCGGGCACCACGAUCGCUUUUAGCGGCCUGUAUCCCACCAACUAUCCAAUGGAGCGUACACGUGAGUGGUACCACACCAAGGCACUCGGUGCCAAACUUGACAAGACCCUGGUGCUCAAUGCCAAAGACCCCAACCGUACCACCCACCUUAUUGCUGCACGUGCAGGCACAGAGAAAGUGCGGCAGGCUCUAGGCUAUAAACAUCUUCAUGUGGUGAAUCCUGAUUGGCUGUGGGGCUGCCUGGAGCGCUGGGAACGAGUGGAGGAGUGUCUCUUUCCUCUCAAAGAGGACUAUAACAAAUCGCACAGGAGCAGCAGUCCUUCCACUUUUCCAGAUGUCCAGUGGUCCAUUUCAAAGCCUCUGUUUCAGCCUACUCCCGUCCAGCUGAAGUCCUCACCAGCGCCAGAAAUACGAACUUAUGACCCUGUCACUGGCAAACUGAUCCGCAGGGGACCGCAUGCCUCCCGUCCCCCCUCUUAUCUUCAACCUCAUGGAUCAUCGAUGUCUGUACCAGCACAGGGAGAUCUUUCAUCGCUCAGGUUAGCUCAGGGGUCUCAACAGUCAGAGGAGGCUGCAGGGUCGUGUCGUGAUGAUGAGCAGCCUGGACCUUCGCGGAGGAAACGGCAGCCCAGCAUGUCAGAGUCCAUGCCAUUGUAUACACUCUGCAAAGAGGACCUGGAGAGCAUGGACAAAGAGGUGGAUGACAUGCUUGGUGAAGAGAGCGAUAAUGAAAGUGAGGAAAAAGGGAAAGACGAGAAGAUGGAGGCAGAGGAGGAUGAAAAGCCCCACACAAGCAGUCAGAAAGGCCUGUCAUAUCACACGCGGACCCUGGGUAGUGUUGUAGAGGAAGCAGCCCAAACGUCAACCAGUGCAGACGUCUGUGUAUCGGGGAGCGUGCCCAGGGGCCACAAAAGGAAGCUAGACGAGACUAGAGAUGAAGAGAAUCUUGGAGCAGACAAUGAUGAAGAUGGUGGAUCUAGUAAAGACUCCAAUGAGGGCAGCAGCUCAGAGGCCGAUGAGAUGGCCGCUGCAUUGGAUGCUGAACUUAAUGACUUCAUGUAACCUUAUUGGAUGCAUAAAUGAACUGUUCCUUUAUUCUUAAACGGUACCAGGUAAAUGUGCGUUUGUGUCGCUGUUAUACAGCGCAGGGCAAUGCCUAUGAAAAUGAAUAGGGCAGAGUUUAGAUGUGUACAGAUAGUUUUUGUAGGAAAAGUUAAACACAAAGUUUUAUUGUGAACUUAUAUACUGUAGAAGUGUGGGAAGUACAUUUUUGUGUGUCUGAUGUUUUACUCAUUUUGUUCACGUUCCAAAACACAUUUUUAUAUCAAUGAAACUGAAAUUAUUAUUGAAUUUGGUCUUGAAUGCCAAAGAGUCUGAACCGGGCCUAUGUGGGCCAGUAGCUAAUAAACAUCAGAAGAUGUUAAGAGGGGUCUGUGGUCCUCACCAGCAGUCAAACUCAGACACCUGAAUGUGUCCUAUGUUGUCUUUUUCUUUUGUUUUUCUUUUAGUCUUUCUUUUUGUCCAGUGCUGUUAAAGUUCCUGUGUGACUGACACUGUGCCGCACCAACCUAGAAUACCUUUAGACACACCCACUACCCAUUUAAAACCUGAUUUUUGCAAGAUGAAUAGCAGGUCUGAAAUGUGAAUUGUAGUUUUGUUGCAGUUCUUGGCUGAUUUUUACUUCUGGUCCUGGUGGUUGUAAGAUUAAAUUUUAAAAUGAAACGUGCUAUUUAACAGUUUAGCACUGUUACUCUGUAAUGUCACAGCAUACAGAUAAUAUCAUUGUUUGGCUUCCAGGAGGUCGCUGGAGUCAGAGGUCAGGAACAGGUGGUAAAUACUGUGGCACAGUUAAACCGGUUGGCUUUUGCUACUCUAAACCAUCACUGCAGAGACUGAUCAGAUCUGAUGAUUUGGCAUCUAGUGAGUUUAGUCGGAGUGUUGAUAUGGAAUCAGUUGUAUAACUGAUUUUAGAUUGGUAUGCAUGUGCUAAGCUUAUUGAAAAAAUAAAUGUCUGAUUCAGCCUCUCCUUCUCCAUUUAGUUUUUGACUUUGGGAGUUUCUUUCCUUGUGUUGUUGUUUUCGACAAUGUAAAGUAGGCUAUUUGUAUAUUCUAUUUCAUACCUGACCGAGAAGAUGCUAUUCAUUUA